CCGGCUGGGGGGCACCCCGUCCCCUGCGGUCCCACUUUUCCGGGCUGUUUUCCUCUUGGCAGCAGCUUCCCGCUCCCUCGGCCGGGGGCUGGAGGAUGUAGCUCUUCCUCCGUCGCUUCCUCGCUGGCACCUCUGGUCGGUCACUCCGACUCCUCACUGGGGGCCGGAGCGGCCGCGAAUGGACCGGUCAGUGGAGGGAACUCGGCCUCCAUCCGAACUGACGUUGCUCUUGGAGUUUCCAGAAGCCCCAGAGUCAGACCGGAACUCGACGGAGCCUCGGAGGCGGGCUCCCCUCGUCGUUAGGGGCUCCAGGCGCCUGGCGCCUGUGGUCCGCGCCGGCCUCUGGGCUCUCGGUGCUCGGACGCCGAACUGUCCCGGCUGGGCUGAGGGGCGGUUGGCUCUCAAGGGGCUAGUCUCGCCUCAGCCCCCGGUGCCCCCGGGUUGUAUGCCGAUCGCUCCCACCUCCGUCCAAAUGCACCCACUCCGCCAGCUUCUCUUUCUAGGAAUCACUUUCUGAGACCUGUUGCCGCAUUCCCCACUCACGCGUUCGAGAUCUUUGACACCGAUGUGUUCUCACUCUCGUUCUCGCUCGCUGGAGCUUCCGCGGGGCCUGAUGUAAGGGCUUUUUCGCAAUUAUUAGACCAGGUAGAAAGCUGUCCGUGCUCAGACAGCUGAGAGGAGGAGAAAUGACCUGGGAAGGCUAACAAAGGCUUUGAGGAGAGGGCGCAGUUCUGUGUUGGACAUUAAAAGGCAGGAAGACCAGAGUGGCGUUGGAAGGGGAGGUUGGGCUGUCCGGCAAAGAUGACUGGUAGUAAACAAUUCGAGAACUGGGCCUGAGACCUGCGAAGGAGGGACGGGUGGAUUACUUGCUGACUGCAGUCAUAAACAAGGCACUUGUGAUUUUCUUCCACUGGGAAGCGACUGCCAGGCGCCAUUCAGCGGACACCCGGGACUUGAGAUGUGGUAUGGUGUGUUCCUGUGGGCGCUGGUGUCCUCUCUCUUCUUCCAUGUCCCCGCUGGGCUGCUGGCCCUCUUCACCCUCAGACAUCACAAAUAUGGUAGGUUCAUGUCUGUAAGCAUCCUGUUGAUGGGCAUCGUUGGACCAAUUACUGCUGGAAUCUUGACAAGUGCUGCAAUUGCCGGAGUGUACCGAGCAGCAGGAAAGGAGAUGAUACCGUUCGAAGCCCUCACGUUGGGUACCGGACAGACGUUCUGCGUAGUGGUGGUCUCCUUCCUACGGGUUUUAGCUACUCUAUAGCGAACACCCAUAGGCCACGACGGCGAGCCUCAGUUUUGCAGAAUCCUCAAAAAGAAUACAUUCUGGAAUGUAGUGUUUUCUUAAUUCUUCAAAUGGAAGAAAGUGGGACGAAGAAGUAUGUGUGAAGAACAUUUCAGCCCUUUCUGUGAUUUGAAGCUCUUCCUGAACUCCUACUGUUCUCAACCAAAACAAAUCAAGUUUCUUAGCGCGCCCCCCCUCCCCUUUUUUGGUAUUUAAGAAGUUUACAGGUGCAGCUUUACCCACGCUAGGUCAGCAAUGCUUCUGGACUGACAUCCUUUGCACUGAAAUUUACAAUGUUCUGUAAGAAAAUGUGAUGUUGCAUAUAUCAGAGAAACUAUGAAAAGUCCUGGUUUCUUUCUGAGCAGAGUAUAUUGUACUAAAAUCUUAUUUAAUCUAAUCUUGAUUAGAAUUUGGCAGACUUCUUUCGCUACAUCUUUAUGACAGUACGUGCCAAGUAGGUUUUGGUUGAGUAGAGCUUUGAGAACAAAUGUGGUGAAACAGCAGGAAAAAACCCUGCAGCACAAGUAGUGGCUUCAGUUCCACUGUGGAAAGAAAAAGAUGAUGUGACAUUUUAUGGAAAACUAUCUUGACCUCUGUUUACUUAAGAAGAGUGUGAAUCUGUUGUUUUGUACAUUUUAUCAAAAUAAGCUAGCUUACUGAGACUUUUUUGUCCUCUAGAGUUCCUGUACCCCUUGUCUUGUCACUUUCAUUCUCUUGAUUUUGGUUAGUUAAAUUGGAAAUAUACCCUAUUAAAUAGAUUGAGUCCAAAAUUUUAA